GGUAUUGUCAUGUUUGGAGACUAUGUCAAAAGUGAUGAGGCAAGCGAUGCACAGCCUCAUUCAUCAAAACCAGAGCCUGAUUAUGCUCGUACGCUGCUAUCUACUGGAAAGAAACGACAUGUUUUUGGGAGGUCUUCAUCAGCCCGCAUUGUAGAACCAGUGCGCCUAGAUUCUGAGCUAUCAGAACUUUACUUGGAUCUUGCCAGAAAGGAGCGCCGUUCUCAUGGAGAUGUAUCCAGUAGUAAUGAAAGCCAUGACUGGGCUCCUUCCAACAACACCAUUCCUGAAACACUUAAUUCCAGCAAAGAGUGGAAAAUACCCUUUGGAACGGAAAGGAAACAUGCUGCCUCUCAGAAUGACUUGAGAGCAGUCCAAGAUUUUCAAGUUAUCAAAGCAACACCAUCGAAGCACGAAACAGGAAGCAUACCUAGAGAAGCAAACACCUUUGAUAAGGAAAACUUUUUCACUCCACGUAAGAAUUCUGAAGCAUUUCAAGCUUCGACCCCGGCUCAAUCUCGGUGUCCCCUUUCUGCCUUACCAGUGGAGUCAGCACUUUCCCAGGAUGUAAGUGAUGGUGUUCAUACAGAUUUAGGAAAUGGCAGUGGCAGUGUCAACAUGUUUCCAAGUCAUGAUCGUGACAUUUUUCGUACUCCUCAAUGCAAAGUAGUAUCAAAUCAAUCAACUGAAGUUCAGCGUGGUAGGCAAAGAUUAUAUGGUUUAUCAAAAUCAUCAUCUAAAUCAGCAAAGUAUGAACUUCUGAAAGUUCCUUUGCAUCCGGCAGUAGUUGCUGGACAGCAGCAAGCAAAGCAACUUAAAUUGCAACGUGAAGCCCAAAGUCAACUAUCUGAAGGUCCCAAUGAAGCAAGUAUUUCCAGGAGACUUCUUGACACAACACCAUUCAAAAGUGCUCCAAGUACAACCAAUUGUGAUGCACUACAAGCACAGGCGCGGCCGACCUUCGGUUUUCGUGAGAAUCCCUCCCUUCAUGAUAACGUAGCUUCCUCCAAAUCCUGGCAAUCGCAUACCAAACCUGCAGAUCAGACACCUCGUGCAAUUCCAGCAUCUGAAAAACCUAUCUCUCAUACCACUUCAGUUGGAAUUGAGAAACAACUAUCUCCUCCCAUGUCAGCCACUGAGAGCACAUGGUUACCAGAAACCAGGUUUUCCCAUCUCAAACCUGCACAUCAGACACCUCGUGCAAUUCCAGUAUCUUUAGCAUCUGAAAAACCUAUCUUUCAUACCACUUCAGCUGGAAUUGAGAAACAACCAUCUCCUCCCAUGUCAGCCACUGAGAGCACAUGGUUACCAGGAAGCAGGUUUCCUCAUCUCAAACCUGCAGAUCAGACACCUCGUGCGAUUCCUGUAUCUUCAGCAUCUGAAAAACCUAUUUUUCAUACCACUUCAGCUGGAAUUGAGAAACAACCAUCUCCUCCCAUGUCAGCCACUGAGAGCACAUGGUUACCAGAAACCAGGUUUCCUCAUUUAUAUAGUCGUCCUAAUCAAGUUUCUAAUUCUAUGAAUAGUGGUGGUGCACUUCCUCUUCGAUCAACUGGAUUGGAAUCUGCGAUUUCUUCCCGAAAUUCGGCCCUUCAAACUUCUUCAGAGGUACCUCAAGGUAAAUGUCCCCCACCACAAGUUUCUGUCAAGCCCUCUGACUUGCAGAAAGACAAUAAAUCCAUUCAUCAGGUGUCUUCAGAACCAUCAAAAGAUAUUAGAGGUCCAUCUCCAGCUCAGACCAGCAGUAUGCCUGACCCAGUAAGAAUUUGUGUAACCUCUCCUAAUGAGGUUCAGAAACCAGCACCACCAUGUGCCAAGUCUCUUAUCUCUGUUAAAAAUGAAUGUAAAACAGAGAGCAAUACGGAUCAGAAAGUGAGUAGUCCUGGCAAAGGUCAGUUAAAAGUAAACGGUCAUGCUUAUGACAUUCUCAGUCUACUUGGUCGAGGUGGCUCUAGCAAAGUGUUUCAGGUUCUUGAUCCAGAAACCUCGCAGCUGAAGGCUGUGAAAUGUGUCAACCUGGCUGAAACUGAUACUUCUAUUUGUGAAGGAUACCUCAAUGAAAUCAAAUUACUUGCUGAUCUUCAAGAUGGGGACUGUGUAAUUCGUAUGUUCGACCAUGAACACCACAAGGAAAGCAAUACAUUGUUUGUUGUCAUGGAGAAAGGUGACACAGAUUUAUCCAAGCUAAUUAAAGAUGUGAAGAAUUCAAAGAAAAUAUCAGCAACUAUGAUUGCGUAUUACUGGACUGAAAUGCUUAAUGCUGUCAGUUUCAUUCAUAAACGAGGUACUAUUCAUUCAGAUUUGAAACCUGCAAAUUUCUUACUUGUAUCAGGGCGCCUGAAAUUGAUUGAUUUUGGAAUUGCCUCUUCUGUGCAAGAAGAUAUGACAAGUGUUGUAAAGGAUAAUUUAACUGGAACAUACAACUACAUCAGUCCAGAGGCUUUGUGCACUACUAGUUCUGAAAGUCAACAGUUCAAAAUUAGCUAUAAAUCUGAUGUCUGGUCCUUGGGCUGCAUCUUGUACAAUUUAGUGUAUGGGCGCACUCCUUUUCAGCACAUUACUGGUCAAUUCCAGAAACUUAACGCAAUUGUGAGUGCUUCUCAUAGAAUUCAGUUUCCAGAUCCUCCCAUAAGUAACUGCCCCUCUUCUUUAAUUCAAGCCAUGAAACUCUGUCUUGUCCGGAAUCCAAAGGAACGUGCAUCUGUUGAUGAAUUGAUUCAGAUAUCCUACCUAGAACAAGUGGGACCAGAAAGAGCAAUUGUCUCAAAGGUUGCUAGCAUUGCGGCUUCUGUUGGCUUAGUUCAAGAUUCAGAAGAUAAUCGCUAUGCUGCUGCAAUCCGAGCUAUUCAGAGAAUUAUUAUGGAAAAUGAAAGACAGCUUCCUUUUCUGCGGGGAGGAAAAUAAGAAGAAAAAAAAAGUGCAUCAAGUUACUUUUCUGUCUUUCUAUUACCAUACUAAUCAGAUUGCUUUGCUUUAAUUUCUUCUUUCAACUUUCUCUAUGUUGAUUUUUUUUUUUCAUGCCUUAGCUGUGAUUUUAUUUAUACUGUUAAUUAAAAAUAAUACAUACUAAUUAUCAUUCUUAUGAAUCAUUUGAUAGAUUAAUUCAAAAGUGUUGUAUGUCUUAUGCUUGCUGUCUUGGUUUCUGUCAAGACUUUAAAUUCAUUUUUAUUUUGUUUUAUGUACUAACUUGCUGAUGUGAAAAAGAGAUUUUCAGCAGACGAUGCCUAUAGUGGUAGAACUAUCUAUUAUCAAUGGAGCUUCUCAAUUUUAGUUGAGGAUAUCGCUUAAUGGUCAGAGCCACAUAAUUAUUUGAUUUAAGUUACCAUAACUCAAUAUUCAAGAUGUAAAAGUUCUCUGGCAAAUAUUAUUAUUACAUAUGUUUGUGUAAGCUUAUUUGUCAUGAAGUACUCACAUGUUCAAGAGUCAGCAGGUUGAAGGUUGAAGCUCAUUGUUUGUUCUUUCCCUCAUUUUGUAGGAUUAAUUAGCUACAGAUGCAAAGAAAUACUGUAAUGGUUUGAUGUAAGAUUUUUAAAAUGAUGGAUGAGUGCAGUGAGCCUGUAAUCACUUCUCAUUUUUAUGUAGAAAGCUUUUCAACUGACUGUAUUUAAAAGAAUGUUAAGGGAACAGAUAUAUAUUUAUAUAUUUUUAAAAAAUACUUGCAAUAAAUAUAUUUUACGUAAUCAAAGUA